CUCCAUAACGAAAAUGAUUGGCUGGACAACCAUUCUAUCACUCUAUGGGAGGACUGCCAUGUGAGACUGCUGGUAUAGUUUUGUGAUAUCUGGGAUGUAGAAAUAUAAAGGAUGCUUCCCCGAACAUAAUGAGCAGUUCAACCCUGGGUUGGAUAUUGUCUUGUUCUCUGUCAUUUGUGAUAAAGGGUGCCAGAAAUCUGACAGCAUAUAACAGACCAAUGGCUAUCAUGGCAGGAAACCAUACUGUCCUUCAUCUUUAUGAACCAAUCAGAGAGAGGACCUGGGUCAGCCAGUGCCCCCCUAUGCGUAGAGGUCAAAGCCCCUCCCAGCGAGAUUUCUCUUCCCACAAAGGUCAGCGAGUGAUUUGCCAUAAUUUAAAGGAGGUGGAGUCGGCAAGAGGAAGUCUGAAUGGGCCAACCAAGGAAGGCUUGCUUGGGCACGAAAUCUCAAACGAGGCGGGUGCAGUGGUGGAAGUACCUUGGCUGGCCAACCUGUUGGCUCUGUGCGCUGACUGCCAGGAUCAGGUUGCCAUGGGGAACCACCAUGGCGCCAAACAUUCACACUCCUCCGAGGACUGGGAGAGUCAGGCUGGCCAACAGCAGACUCGGGGGGAAGGACUGAGCUGCGGCAGCUGCAGCGGCGGCAGCCCCCAGCCCACUCCCAGCCUCUCUCCCACCACAACUAGCCCCAGGACCUGGUCCCGGGGCCGCAGGCUGAGGACGCUGCGGGCGAUGAACUCGCUUCACGCGGAGGAGACCCUGCAGAGCCUGGUCAAGCAGAGGCUCGAUCCCGCUGCCGAGCUCCGCACGGGCGGACUGCGGGACGCGACCGCUGGGGGGAAAGAGCACGAAUACCCAGAGAUUCCUGGAAUGCCCAGUGAGAUGGAAAAUGAUCUCAACACAGCGGAAAACCUAGUGCCUCGUCUCACCGAUGUCCAGCCUGCUUUACAGAACUGCAGCACAGAAGAGGAGUCCAUUACUGUGGCGUCAAAGUCGCAUUUGCCCCGCAAGGACUCCGAAUAUGACAAUGAACUGUACCUCUGUUUGCUUAACAAAGCGUUAGACACCACGCCGUCACUGGAAGACCAGGAGAUGCAUCCAGCCCCACAAGCAGCUGAACCCGUCACACAGUCUAGAGAGGGGAUAACUGAGGAAUGGACUGUAUCUCCCCCAACUCAGUUUCGGUUUGAUUCGGCCGAGCUCCAGGAUGCUGCAUUGAGGGUCGCUGCCAAGAUGGAGGAGGUGGAGAGUAUAAUCCAGAGGGUCAGACAGACAAGCUCAGACUGGACAAGGAAAAGCAGUUUGCACACCUCUGCCUCGUCUGGAUUGUUAAGCAGAGCUAGAGAUGAACCUCAGAACACGGAGGUUUCAGAGGAAGGUGCCAACAUCCCUGUCGAGGAGCUCCGUGCCCUGGGGGAAGAGCUGAACCGCAGCCUUCGCAAAGCUCUGCAGUUGGACGGGCUGCUAGGCAACGACGACGACGACUGGGAGGGGAUGAGCGGCGUCAGGCCCCUGUUGGAGGAGGGCCGGGAGGCGGCGUGGGAUCUCGAGAGCAACGAGGAGAAGUUCCCAGAUCCUGCAGUAGGGCUCUUCCAGCACAACCAGUACCCUUGGAGUCCAGCAGCCACCUUAACCAGCAGCUCCAGCCUCGGAAAGAAGAGUGCCUCGUUGCCCUCGCUGACCUCCAUCUUCACCUCCUCGCCCGUCCCCGCCAGCACCCCGGGCAGCCUGUCCCCUCUGCUCUCCUCGUGUUCGUCCCGCCUGCCCAGCCCCAUGCCACAGCACUACAUCCUGCUCCUCCAGAGAGAAACCAGGGAGGAGGGAGAGGGCCAGAGCAGGCUCUCCAUCCCAGGAGUAACUAACUCUGCCGCAGGAGCCGAGCGGGUGGAUGGGCACAGCCUCAGCAGGUCUGCACUGGAGUUUGAGCUGAGCAUCACCAGCCAGAGAGGCCCUAGAUGGGUCAUGCCAGCCGUGCCACCCAUGCCUACUGCAGAGGAGUCGUUAUUAAACCAGGAGGAUGACUGGCACCUGGACCUGGAUUUCUCCUGCUGUAAGUCAGUGGCCCAGGCUUCCAGGCUCAACCACGCAGACUUCCUGAGGAUCACGCCCCCGGAGCAUGACAUCAUCAGUGAUGCUCCAUUCUCUCCUGACCUGGUAUUUGUACCCGAGGGCUCCCCCCCUGCAGAGAGUGAGGAGAGGACACCCCGGCGCCUCCAGGCCGUUUGGCCUCCGCCGAAGCCCAAAGACGAGGUGGGGCUCAAGUACACAGAAGCAGAACACCAGGCAGCCCUUCUGCAGCUGAAGAGAGAGUGCAAAGAAGAGGUGGAAAACUUACAAGCCGAUUUUGAGCUGCAGCUCUUCCGUGUCCGAGGGGAGACCGCUGAGAACGUGUCCAGCCUGGAGGACGCCUUGGCUGAACUGCAGAAGGACAAGGACAAGCGUGGGGACUUCCGAGAUGCAUGUGUGUCCACCGAGGACGAUCUCUCACCCAGAACCUUCCGGACCGUUUGCGUCCAGACGGAUAGAGAGACCUUCAUCAAGCCGACCGAGGACGAGGAGUACAGAAGCAGCAGCCAGAACGGCUGCCACAGCGUUCCCAAAAAACUCAACCUCGCCUCCCUAAAUCUCGGCCUCACAGGGAAAAAUGAGCAGGCUCCAGUGCAGGGGCCUCCCCCUCUGCUUCUUCCCCUCCAAUCAGAUUGUUCGACGACAUCAUCUUCACCCAUGUCGCCAGGUUACACUGACUUGACUCCACCCCCUGCGCCUCCACCUCCUGGUUCUGUGAACUCCACUUCCUGUUGUCAAGUUUCUCAGGCACCUGGCGGGCCCCCCAUCCCACCUCCACCUCCACCACCUGUGCCUUCAUGUGGUCCCCCUCCUGCACCACCUCCUCCUCCCCCACAGGGUGCCGGUCCUGUGCCUCCCCCUCCUCCUCCUGGAGUUGGUUUCGCCCUGAAUUCAUCUCUGGAGAAGCCCCCCCGGAAGCCAGCGUUGGAACCUUCCUGCCCCAUGAAGCCCCUCUACUGGACGAGGAUUCAGAUUCAAGGCAACAACAAUGACACACUGUGGAGUUCUCUGGAGGAGCCACACAUCGUUGACCCCCAUGAGUUCGAGGACCUGUUUGCCAAGGCUUCACUGCAGACCAAACGGAAGCGUCUCUCGGAGGCCUACGAGAGGAGAAACAAGGCCAAGAAGAUCAUCAAGCUCCUGGACAGUAAGCGUUCCCAGGCUGUCGGCAUCUUCAUAUCCAGCCUCCAUCUGGAGAUGAAGGACAUCAAGCAAGCUGUUCUGACCAUGGACAACCCUGUGGUGGAUCUGGAGACCAUUGAGGCUUUGUAUGAAAAUAGAGCUCAGCCAGGGGAGCUGGAGCUGCUGAAGAAACACUACGACACUUCAGAUGAGGAGCAGAUCAAGCUGCUGGACAAGCCAGAACAGUUCCUGUACGAACUCUCCCAGAUCCCUGAUUUCUCUGGCCGUGCUCGUUGCCUCAUAUUUCAGUCUGUGUUCACAGACAGCAUCGCAGCCAUCCGGCGCAAGAUGGAGAUUGUUUCUCGAGUCUGCAAGGGCCUGCUGGAGAGAGCGAGCGUUCGUCGGGUGAUUGGGCUUAUUCUAGCGCUGGGGAACUACAUGAACGGGGGCAGUAGGAUCCGAGGCCAGGCUGACGGCUUCGGUCUGGAGAUCCUGCCCAAGCUCAAGGACGUCAAGAGCAGGGACAACUGCACCUGCCUGGUUGACUAUGUUGUGUUGUACUACCUCCGAAACCUUGAUGAGCACGCUGGCACUGAUAAGAGUGUUUUCCCGUUGCCUGAGCCUCAUGACAUCUUUCUGGCGGCGCAAGUCAAAUUUGAGGACCUAUCCAAAGACCUGCGCAAGCUUGGGAAAGACCUUUCAGUUUGUGAACAAGAUGUCCAAAGGGUGUGCGCCAGUUGCUCUGAGGAACACCUUCAUCCAUUCAAGGAGAACAUGGAGAGUUUUAUAUUAAAUGCACAGCAAGAGCACAGUGCAACAGAGCUUCAGUUGGUGUGCGCACAGAAAAGCUUCCAUGACCUGGUGGUUUACUUUGGGGUGAAGCCCAAGUCUGGCGAGAGGGAGGUGAUGCCUGGCCAGGUCUUCAUGCUCUGGUUUGAGUUCUGUGGAGACUUCAAGACGCGCUGGAAACGGGAGAGCAAGAACAUCUCCAAAGAAAGACUAAGAGAGGCCCAGCAACGUGUCAAAAACAUCACCGGAGAAAAGAAGGUGGAGACAAGGAAGGUCCAUGCCAACAGCCUGAAGGAACGCUUACGGCAGAAAGAGGCCAGCCUGGGCGCCAGUUAAGAACCAGGAAGAGGAUGGCGGGAACGGAACCGGAAUGCUCAGGACUCCGAGUCUGCAUGGGCACUUUUAUCCUGUUGUUUGGGACUCAGAGUCUGGUCAGUCACCCCUCUGGGAGUCUGUGGUCGCAUCUCAGCCCCCGACCCUCCCAAACCUGGGCAUCAGUGUAGGGACGUGUGUGUGGGACCAUCUGAAUGGCAGGGGCACAGACUACUGCUGGCACGGAAGGAAAGAGCAUUGAGGAAGGCCUGAUAGGCGACAGGAGUAAGCACUUUGACUGGAUGGAUUUGUAUUGGUUUAUGAAGUUGUCACUAAUAAUUAAAAAAUGAAUGUUGCAUCAGA